AUGGCGUUCAUGCGGUACGACUACAGGGCGCUGCCGCAGGAGACGACGGUGGAGGAGUUCCGGGCGUGGCUGGCGCAGUUCGACGCGGACGGGGACGGGCGGAUCAGCCGGGAGGAGCUGCGGGAGGCGCUGCGCAGCCUCGACCUGUGGUUCGCCUGGUGGAAGGCCCGGGAGGCGCUGCGGGACGCCGACGCCAACCGCAACGGCCUCGUCGACGGCGACGAGAUGGCCAGGCUCUACGCCUUCGCGCGCACCAACCUCCACCUCAAGGCCGCCGACCUCGACGCCUAG